AGAGAGGACACGAUGUAGGAUCCAGCACGAGGCGCGGACGCUUUUACGCUCUCCAGUCUUUUCUGCCCAUCAGUCAGGAACAAUUACGCACGUUCAACCUGUCCUUUUGGGGCUUACUCUGCUUCGUGUUUGAACGACGUGAAGGAAAGCGGUCUUUUCUUCUGGAUGGGUCUCUGAACUGACAGAUUCUACACACUUUGGGACAUAGGAAUAGGAGUGCUUUUCCCCAGUGAUGUUUAUGGGUGUCACAUUGCCUUGAGCUGUUCCGGCUUUGAGGUGAGGAGGACUGGUUCACCAUGGCGACGGGAGCAGCGGCGUGGCUCCCUUUUGCCCGGGCGGCUGCUAUAGGCUGGAUGCCUGUGGCCAGUUGCCCCAUGCCUCUGGCCCCAAGAGACAACAGCAAGAAAGAGGACGAGCUAAUCAUGCUGAACGUUAGCGGACGCAGAUUCCAGACUUGGAGAACCACUCUGGACCGAUACCCUGACACUCUACUGGGCAGCUCUGAAAAGGACUUUUUUUACAACGAGGAAACCAAGGAGUACUUCUUUGACCGCGACCCUGACGUCUUUCGAAGCAUUCUAAACUUCUACCGGACCGGGAAACUGCAUUACCCGCGCCACGAGUGCAUCUCCUCCUACGAUGAAGAGCUUACCUUCUUCGGGAUCAUUCCAGAAAUCAUUGGCGACUGUUGCUAUGAAGAGUACAAGGACCGGAAACGCGAGAAGUUGGAAAGACUUCAGGACGACCAAGAGGAGAACAAAGACGCAAAGCUGCCUAACAUGAACAUCCGUCAGACCAUGUGGCGGGCCUUCGAAAACCCACAUACCUCCACCAUGGCUCUUGUCUUUUACUACGUCACCGGUUUCUUCAUCGCUGUAUCGGUCAUCACCAACGUCGUAGAGACUGUCCCGUGCGGUUCCACUCCCCACCAGAAAGACAUGCCCUGCGGCGAAAGAUACACCGUGGCGUUCUUUUGCAUGGACACGGCUUGCGUAAUGAUUUUCACCGUCGAAUACCUGUUGCGCUUGUUCGCCGCACCAAGCAGAUACCGUUUCAUGCGCUCCGUCAUGAGUAUCAUCGACGUGGUAGCCAUCUUGCCGUACUACAUCGGGCUAGUGAUGACCAACAACGAAGACGUGAGCGGCGCGUUUGUGACGUUAAGAGUGUUUCGCGUUUUCAGAAUCUUCAAGUUUUCGCGCCACUCGCAAGGUCUGAGGAUCUUGGGGUACACGCUCAAAAGCUGUGCGUCCGAGUUAGGCUUCCUCCUCUUUUCACUGACCAUGGCAAUCAUCAUCUUCGCCACCGUAAUGUUCUACGCGGAGAAAGGAUCCAGCUCGAGCAAGUUCACCAGCAUCCCUGCGUCCUUCUGGUACACCAUUGUUACGAUGACGACACUGGGAUAUGGAGACAUGGUUCCCAAGACAAUUGCGGGGAAGAUCUUUGGCUCCAUCUGCUCUCUCAGCGGUGUCCUGGUCAUCGCCCUGCCUGUGCCCGUCAUUGUGUCCAACUUCAGCCGCAUCUACCAUCAGAAUCAACGGGCAGAUAAGCGCCGUGCUCAGAAGAAAGCCAGACUGACCAGGAUCAGAAUAGCCAAGUCGGGGAGCGCCAAUGCCUUCCUCCAGAGCAAGCGCAACGGUCUGCUGAACGAACUACUGGAGCUGACGGGGACAGACGAGGACGAGCAGAGGCUGAUCCGCUCCACGUCUCUGUUACAAAGCCAACACCACCACCUGCUGCACUGUCUGGAGAAAACCACAGCUCAUGAGUUCGUGGACGAGCACAUGUUUGAGCAGAACUGUUUGGAGAGUGCUCUGGAGACUUACCCCACCCACAGCCCGUCCCUCAGCUCUCAGGACAGUGGGACGUUCUGCUGCUGUGGACAGAAGAGGCAGACCAGGAACCCACUGCCCCACACUGCAGACACCCCCCAGGGCCCUCUACAGGAGCUCAGUGCACUCCACAUACAGAGCAGCCAGCUCAUGCACCCCACCAGUCGCUCCAACCUGAACCUCAGGCCAGACGACAGCAGCAGGAUCAACUGUAAAGGCGGGAGGGUUACGACGACGAUCAUCAGCCUGCCCUCGCCCCCCUCACUCAGAGAGGGCCACCACCCCCACGGCCCCCCGCAGAGGAGAGUACCCGCCAUCACCCCGAGUAUCCAGACCACUACAAGCUCCACCCCCACUAACAUCAUCAAGGUCUCCGCCCUUUGACCCCAGCUAUAAAAAGGACCCUAAUUUACGGUGUAGUUCAGCACAAGGAGAGGAGAGAAAGAGGACAGUGCAUUGGUGGUUCAUUGGACAAGCGAAGGAACACUUUUAAGCCAAGUGGACUUUUGGAGAAGAUACCGGCGAUGGAUGUAAAAGAUUGUAGAUACGUGGACUGAGGUUACCAUGGUUACACUGUUGUUGUUUUUUUUAGACAGGAAGCGCUGUAUCUCCGCUCAUCUGCAAGGACGUGGCAAACGCAUCCGGAAGGACAAUUACCACACAUGAUGAAUUGCACUUAAAAAUGUUGACAAGUUUUGAAGGAAGGUGAGACCAAUUGUGUUUACAUGAAGUGAUGAAGCGACGAUUUGACGCUUUUUGUGUCAGUUGUGGGUCAAAACUAUUAAUUUGUUUUAUUCAUGGGAAAAAGUUUGGGGAAUUAGAGUAGAGUUUCUUGGUGUCCUUUUCUGCAAUGAGUGGGGAUAAUCUGGUUGUUAAUAACAGAUGAUGUGAAGGAGCGAAACAAAAAAGCCUACUAAUCACAUUAGGCAGAUUAUGGCUGUUUAAUCUUUAAAGCAUCACUGGGAAGUUGUAAUUUGUGAAAAAGAUUUGAUUUCUUGAUGCUGAAAUUCAAAACUGGCAAGAUGGUCAGAACAAAAAUGAAUGUAGUUGAGGAAUAUCCAGUAUAAUCUGUGCCAAAAAAAUAGGCCAGUUGGGACUAAAACCAAGCCAUAACUCUAAUUGUAUCUAUUCAACUAUAAUUAUCAACUGAAAUAUCAAAAUCAAAUGUUUCUGGAAGAAAUGUUUCAAAGGUUGUAAGAUUUCAAUAUAGUCUGGAAUUUAUGAAAGCACAAGUAACGUUGUUUUUUUUGUUUUUGUUUUUUUUUUUCUUUAGUAGGCUACAUUACACCACUUUGGUCACUAGGUGGCAGCAAUCUCUAAAGAGUGCUCAGAACUUUUUUUUACCGUCAGGCAAGUUGAAUGUCAAGGGGAAUAAUGGGUAAUUUUACCUGGCGUGAUGAUUUCUUUUUUUGUACAGUCUAGUCAGUGUAUUUAUAAUUUUAUGAUGUGAAGUUGUCCGUGCUGUGUUGUAUGCUUGUGUUCCUGUGUUAUGCCUCUUUCAGCUAAUGUUGUGUGCCAAACUUUGUCAUCACUUUUGGGGGACAUUGUAUGCUGCUAUGAAGAAUCCCUUUAGACCACCACCUCCCUGUCACUCUUACUGGAAAGGAAGAGGUGUAGGGUUUUUACUCAGACUGGAGGGAGCGCACAUUUUCUCUC